AACACAAAUGGAAACAUAGUCUUUGCUUGUUAUGUAUCUUAUCUACAAUAUUUUGUAAAACUAUUUAGUAAGUGAACAUUAUGGCCACGUUAGAGGAUAAAAUUCUGGGCGAGAAAUUGCACAAUUACUGCAGCAGCAGUGAGGAUGAGUACAGUGAUUGUGAUAACAGUGAUUCAGAGGAAGGUAAGGUUAAAGGGACCAAGGAGGAAGCCCCACAAUUGCCAGAGCCUAACAAAUGGGAGGGCAGUUCAACAAACACUGGUCCUAAGGGGGUCAUAAAAGAUUGGCAACGUUUCAAGCAAUUGGAGGCUGAGAAGAGGGUGGAUGAUGAGAAGGAACGCAUAGAGCUGAUGAAGAAGCUCACAUUAACAGUGCAAUCUGCACUGGAUGAAGAGAAGGCCAAAAACGAGGAUCCCGACCUUGCUGAGCUUUUAAACGACGAUUUCCUCCUGAAUUACCAGAAGCAACGCAUGCAGGAAAUGCUUCAGCAGACCGAGCAUAACCUGAAGUUUGGAAAGUUGAUUUAUUUAAAUAACGGAGACGAGUAUUUGGAUGCGAUCGAUAACGAGAACAAAGCCGUGAAAAUCGUCGUUCACAUCUACGAGAACAACGUUCCUGCUUGCAGAUUGAUGAACGAAGCCUUCGAAGAGUUAAGCAAGAUUUAUCAGUCGGUUAAAUUUUGCGCGAUAAUUGGCUCGCACGCGGGACUUAGCCGUUGCUUCAAGAAUAACGGCGUCCCGGCAAUUCUGAUCUACAAGGCAGGUCAGGUCGUUGGUAACUUCGUUCGUCUCACCGAUGAUUUAGGAAACGACUUCGACGUGGAAGAUGUUCAAGGAUACUUGGUCGAACACGGCAUGCUCGAUGAUAAGACAUGCAAACCGUUGAUAAUAAGAAACGGAGACGGCGACGAUGAGGAUGACAGUGAUUGAAUAUUUAAAAGCAAAACCUUUCCAUUAGGACCAAAAUUCUAUUCAAUGGAGGAACAGUGUUCAUAUAAUUGGCAAUAAGGAAGCCCUCACAUCUUUCCAACAUUUUUUUUUAUUAUUUAAUUUUACUACAUGCAACUGUGUGAAUGUUUUAAAUAUUUAUUGAUCUCAGGUUUCUUCAUCUGUACAUAGAAAUCAUUUGUUUUUAUGACCAUCACACUUAAUUCACCUUGUCUAUAUAUUUACAUAGUAUACAUGCAUUUAAUAAGAAUGAAGAAGAGAAGAAGAAAAUGUUAUUAAUUUAUAUUUUGCGAUGUUUGUAAACGUAAUUCGAACACACAC